AUGGAAAACGAUCUACAAGCGAUCAUCCUUGUCGCCCUGAUUUCGACAGCGCUCGCGCAGAAAUACAGUGCGCAGCGGCCCGCUCGAACAGCCCAAGCGCAAAUUAAAUACGACGAUCCUAGUGGCCUAAAAGUCAACUGGAAGCUAUUCGCUCCCCAAAACCAAUGGCGUGCUCACCUGGAAAACUCGCAUCGUACCCAGCGAGGCCAGAAUGAGUACGUUCAUCCUCAGCAAUCAGUGCAGAGACCGCAACAAUCCCAAUUGGUGCAACCUGACUUCGACCAGGCACACUACAAGUCGUACCAGCACGCUCAACUAGCAGAGCCAGAUCCAAACCAGUACAAAGGAUAUUCGCAAGGUCAUGCAGUCCAAGCAGACCCUAAUCAGUACAGAGGAUAUUCGCAAGGUCAAAUAGUCCAGGCAGAUCCUAAUCAGUACAAAGGAUAUUCACAAGGUCAAGUAGUCCAGGCAGAUCCUAAUCAGUACAAAGGAUAUUCUCAAGGUCAAGUACUCCAAGCAGAGGCGCAACCAGAGCCACAACAGAUCCAAUACAAAGCGUAUCAACAAGCUCAAGCUCCAGUACAGGCACAACCGGACCCUGUCCAGGUCCAAUACAAAGCGUAUCCACAGGCUCAGGUUCCAGUAGAAACGCGACCGGACCCUAAUCAAUUGCAAUAUAAACCACUAUCAAAUGCACCGUCUCACGUGAAACAGUUACUAUUCAAUCACUUCAAGCCCCAACGUCCUUACGUAGACCCAUCUGCCUUCCUGCAGACAACGAACUACGCUAUACCACAGCAAGUUGAUCAGCAACCAGCCAAUGCUGAAUUAUCUCAUUACGGGCAACUGUCAGAGAAUUAUGAACAAUCGGAGCAACAGAAGAUCAGGCGAGAGUACUCCGACAGAGGACUCCAAGGAAGAAUUGUAUACAAAGACGAUUAUCAACAGCCAGAACAACAGCAGUCACCAGAGGUUCAGUACGUACCGGUGCCGAUCGAGAAAUUACCUAUCCCACCUCCAUCGAAACUGACUUUUGAUAAGAAUAUGCCACCUGAGAUCCAGCAGCUGUUGCAGUUCCAAGCUCAGAUACCGUACGAUGUUAUAGCGAACAGCAUCAGCUACAAACCGAAAUCGCUGUUCGUCCCCAAACCCCUUCCGCCUGAUACACCUGGGCCGUAUCAGUAUCGCAGUAAGGUUUAUUACGUGAACAAUGAUCAGUACGAACCGGAGUACGAGACGUCCAAGCCCGUCCAAGAGGACCAAAGGCACUGA